GAUAAAUGUACAAACCGGAAAGAAAACUUAACUAUGCUUCUCUGCCGGAAUUUCACCGUGUGACACCAGGCGGAAGUAAACAAAGAUGCUAAUAGCGUUAGCUGUAAAGGUGUGCGAGUGAGCAGGAAGUGGGUUGUGUUGCGGUGUGUGAGCUGAAUCUCUGAACUGUUGGAGUAACAAUGCCUUCAGUUCAGUAUCUGAGAGAGUUUAUCAACGAGCGACUAACUGCUGCUGCAGCAGAAAUAUUCUCAGAGUUUGAAAAAACGAUCGUCCAGUACGAGGAAGAGAUCGACCGUCAGCGCAGACUGCUGCAUAUCGCCUGGAAACCCGAAAUAAAGCUGCGCAGGACAGACAUCCCACAGCAACAUGUCUGUAAGGAGGAGGUGGUUCUCACUGGGCAGCAGCUCUUUAACCGGGAGAGGAGCUCCAAUCUGGUCCAGGAGGAACCAGAACCUCCACAGAUUACAGAGGAACCCUGCAGUCAGGAGGGAGAACAGCUUGACUUGAAGGAGGAGACUGAUACCUUUUUUAAGGUGAUUGUUACUUAUGAGGAAAGUGAUCACAGUGAAGCAGAACCAGACAGUGAGCAGCUCCCCUCUCACAGCUCUCCUGUAGCUGAGAGCCAAGAUCAAGAAGGAACCAAGAACUUAGAUUUAGGAGCAACUGGAAAUAGAAACAGAAGCGACAGCAACAAUGCAGAAGACUCUCCCAUGUCAGUAGAUCAGCUUAACACUGAUACAGGUAAAAAAUCCUCAAAAUGUGAUGGUUUUCCUAAAGGAAAAAGAAGAAAGGUCUUGAAGAAAAUGUCUCAAGCAGAACAAAAAAGUGAACAGCUCCCCUCUCACAGCUCUCCUGUAGCUGAGAGCCAAGAUCAAGAAGGAACCAAGAAAGUAGAUUCAGGAUCAAAUGGAAAUAGAAACAGAAGCGACACCAACGAUGCAGAAGACUCUCCCAUGUCAGUAGAUCAGCUUAACACUGAUACAGGUAAAAAAUCCUCAAAAUGUGAUGGUUUUUCUAAAGGAAAAAGAAGAAAGACUUUUAAGAAAAAGUCUCAAAUGAGGAUGCAUCACAGAAUCCCAGCAGGUGAGAAGCUGCAUACUUGCAAAUCAUGCACAAAAAGUUUUACUAUAAGGAGCAAUUUGUUGCGCCACAUGAGAACUCACACAGGAGAAAAGUUGCAUUCUUGCCAAACAUGUGGAAAAGCUUUUAUUCAAAACAGUGAUUUGGUUAUUCACAUGAGGAUCCACACUGGUGAGAGGCCAUAUUCUUGUAAAACAUGUGGAAAAUCUUUCAGCCAAAGUGGUCAUUUGAUGGCCCAUGUGAGAAUCCAUACUGGUGAGAGGCCAUUUUCUUGCAGAACGUGUGGAAAAUCUUUCAGUCAAGGUAGUAAUUUGUGGAGCCAUAUGCGAAGCCACACAAGAGAGAAACUUCAUGUUUGUGAGACCUGUGGGACCAGAUGUUCCGACCAGUAUUCACUUAAACUGCACAACGCAAUCCACACAGGAAAGAGACCUCAUUCUUGCCAGACGUGUGGGAAGACUUUCGUCACGCGCAGUAAUUUGCUGCGCCACAUGAGAACGCACACAGGAGAGAAACCUUAUGUUUGCGAGACCUGCGGGGAAAGAUUCACUCUGUCAACGUCACUUAAAAGCCACAAAACAAUCCACACAGGAGAAAAGCCAUAUCUCUGUAAAACAUGCGGGAAAAUGUUCCGCCAAAAUCAUCAUUUGGUGUUCCACAUGAAAACCCACAAACCUUAGAAGUCAUAGUGCUGAAAAUUUUGUUGAGAAAGCCAUAUCUGUUAAGCCAAGAUCUAAAAACAUCUAAGAGUUCAUACAGGUUCAGUGUAGUGCUUCCAGAUUCAAGCAGCGUUAUACUGCCCCAACAGCUAUUCUGACUUUAGAUUGUUCUAAUAAUAUCUGCCUUCAUUCUGUGGUGAAGCGUUCAGAUUCUCCUAUGAAAACAUAGCAAAUCUUUGAGAACAUUUUACUGUUUAGAUUUAUUUUUUCUUUUGGAAAGUCCCUUAACAACUGACUUCCUCACCCUGGGACCGAAGGAAGGGCUCAGCCAGUCUUCGGAGGAAGCUCAUUUCCACCACUUGUAUCUGUGAUCUCGUUUUUGGUCAUUAGAAACGAGUUUCUAUAUUCACUUUCCUGGUUUGGGGAGAUUUCUUUGAGACUCUUUUCUAAAUGUUCUAAUAACACUAUAAUUGUCCUCUGAGGGUUCAGUAUGUUUUCAGUGGUUUUCUACUACAGCUUCUGUAACAUCUUAUUACAACAAUGUAAAUGUAUGAAGAUCCAUGUAAAUAUUUUUUUUUUUUAAAAAGUACAAGUGGAGAAGCAGCUUGCCAGCGGGUCUCAUUCAUCUGCAGUGUUCAGAAAGCAGCUUGAGCAAGGUCUUCUUCUUCUCCUCUUACAGAGUUACAAAGACUUCACCUCCAUCACUUCGGUUUAGGUCUGCUUUAUUGAACCCUGAUAGGUACGAGAUGAUCCCUGACUGACUGAAAUUUCUGUUGUUCUUUUUUACUGCAUCUCAGUUAUUUGUAGAUUGUGAACUCUGGGACAACUGGAGACAUUACUUAAAGAAUUUUAUUUGUUUAAACUGUUUGGGUUUUAGACUGUAGAUAUUCAACAUUGUUAUAAAAGCUUCUUUAUGAACAAAGUUUCUUUUCUCAAAAGGUUGAUAUUGGUUCAUCUCAGCCAGUCAGUUUUUUCCAUUGCAGCAGUUGAUGGUUUUGAAGCUGAAGUCCUGUUCACUUUUCUGUUUGAAUGUUCAUCCAGUGGCAGGGAGAUGACACUCCCCACCCCAUUUGUUCAAUUCAACUCAAUUUUAUUUAUAUGGCACCAAAUCACAACAGUCACCUCAAGGCACUUUGUAUUGUAGGUAAAGACCCUACAAUUAUUACAGAGAAAACCCAACAGUCAAAAUGACCCCCUAUGAGCAGCACUGCUGCUGCCCAAAAUAUGUCACUUAAGUACUGUUCAUGUAGUCAGUCCCGGAAGGCGUUGCACUCUAUCACCGUCUCCCAAGUACAAACCCCCUGUACACAAAAAUGUUUUUUGUUGCCUCAAAUUGUUAUUCCAUAUGUGGAUGUUUCAAAUGGGCAGGUGACCACCAGGGUUAUUAUAGUUAACAAAAAACGAAUGAAAUAAUGUAAACUCCAUCCAUCC